AUGGACGAGAUGGCCGCCGACGCCCCAAUUUUAUCGACCGAUUCGCCUCGUUCGACCAUGACUUCGAGUUUUGCCAAGAAAUCACCCGACCAAAUUUUGAGCUUUUUUGGUAUGUUUUUUUAAUUUUUCGUUUUAUUAUAACUUGUUGUUAUUCUAGUGUGAAUUAGCGCACAUUUUAGUCUUAGGUACACGUUUAGACUUAGGCGCAUGUUUUAGGCUUAAGUCACUUUAGGCUUAGGUAAACUCUUUAGGCUUACGCACACAUUUUAUGUUUAGGUACACAUUUUAGGCUUGCGCAACUUGACGCUUUGGUUCACAUUUUAAGCUUACGCAACUUUAGGCUUAGGUACACAUUUUAGGCUUACGCAACGUUAGGCUUAGGUACACAUUUUAGGCUUACGCAACUUUUGACUUAGGUACACAUUUUAGGCUUACGCAAUUUUAGGCUUAGAUUUUAGGCUUACGCAACUUUAGGCUUAGGUACACAUUUUAGGCUUACGUCACUUUAGGCUUAGGCACACAAUUUAGGCUUACGUCACUUUAGGCUUACGCAACUUUAGGCUUAGGUACACAUUUUAGGCUUACGCAAUUUUAGAAUUGGGUAAACGUUUUAGGCUUACGCAACUAUAGACUGCCGUACACAUUUUAGGCUGACGCAACUUUAGGCUUAGGUACACGUUUUAGGCUUUCGCAACUUUAAGCUUGGGUACACAUUUUAGGCUUACGCAACUUUAGGUUUAGGUAUACAUUUUAGGCUUACGUAACUUUAGACUUAGGUACACAUUUUAGGCUUACGCAAUUUUAGAUUUAGGUACACGUUUUAGGCUUACGCAACUUUAGGCUUGGGUACACAUUUUAGGCUUACGCAACUUUAGGCUCAGGUGCUUAUUUAGGCUUACGCAACUUUAGGCUUAGGUACACUUCUUAGGCUUAGGCAACUUGAGGUUUUGGUACACAUUUUAGGCUUACGCCACUUUAGGCUUUAGUACACAUUUAGGCUUAAUUACGUUUUUUGUAAUCUGACUGUUUCCAGGUCCAAGGAAUAUCUUCCUUGCUGCGGUAUUUGCGUUUAUGUCCGUGAUAUGGGGUUUAGCUGCAAUGCCAAUGAUGGCUAGUGCCUUCUUCAUGGGUAAAGUAUGUACCGACGCUGAAACCAACUGUACUGGAACACCUGGUACCGUCGCAUAUGAUGUAGGUUUUUUAAUUUACUUCAGUAUUUUAUAGUAUGGGGAUAUUGUUUAUGAUAAAUGCUAUUAUAGUAUGUUAUAAUGUAAAAUAGUACUGUUUUCAAUGUAUUAUAAUAAGACAAUGCUGUUUUAAAUUUUAUUUUAUAAUUGUUUUAGUUUGAUCUCAAUGGACCUCGUUCUUAUUUGGCUGACAUUACAACAACAGCGUUUUUAAUUGGUAACGCUAUUGGAUCAAGCUUGAUUACAAGAUUGUCUGAUACGUGAGUUUUUAUGAUUAACAUGUGAUAAUUUAAAAUUUUGUAAAAUAAAAAAGAUUUUAAUCAACAAGAGAACUAAAGAGAGAAAAAGGUUCAUAAAUUUUAUAAUUUUAGCCGCGGCCGCCGUCCUACUUUAGCCUGUUCUCUGCUCAUCCUCGGCCUCAGUGGCUCAGUUAGUGCUUUAUCUCCCAACAUUUACUUUUUCGCCGUAUGCCGUCUGAUCCAAGGUUUCUUCUUUGCUGGUUGUGUUAUCAUCAAUUGGGUUUUGGCCUACGAAUGUUGUCCUCACUUGCUUCGACCUUACACCGCAUUAGUGUUCGGAUUGAUGUGGGUUGUGGGCUAUUGUCUGCUGGCACCAUUGGACUUUUUGCUACAAUCGUGGAAGCCGUUUAUGGUAGCAUUGUCGAUUCCUUCAGUGUUUUAUGCGUUUGCGGUCCAGUUUUGGGCUUCAGAAAGCUUUCAUUACUGUGUUACUAACCAGAAGAAAAAUGAGGUGAGUAAUAUUUUAGUUUAGGCUUAAAAUUAUCUUUUAAAUAACUUAGUUUUUUCAAAGUCUUUUUUAAAUUUAAACCAAAAAAUUGUAUUUAGAAAUGUUAAUAUUGAUAAAGAGAAUUUUAAAUUUAAAUAUUUUUUAAAUUUAGGCAGUAAAAUUUGUGACGAGAUGUAACAAAGGAGCGAAAGUUCAACUAGAUCCAGCCGAGCUUGACCAUUUAUUUAGUGACACAAUUUCCGAAGGUUCAGGCGAAGCUCAACGUCCAACUGGUAAUCACGGCUUGUUCUAUGAGUUAAAACGUCAAAAAAUUUUAAUAGUGUACACUAUCGUUCUUGGUUACUUAUGGUAGGUUUUUAUUCAUUUUGUGGAAAUUUUGAUUUUUUUCAAUAGCUUUAACUUAAACGUUUUAAAAAUAUUCUUGCAGGACAUGUGACGCAUUUAUUUACUACGGAUUAUCAUUGUUCAGCACAGAAUUGGCAGGGAACAGGUAUGUUAUUACUUUUUUUUAAAUUUUUCAAAUUUCAGAGUUUUUUAAUCCAAUAUUUUUAAAGCUUGAUUUCAAAACUUUUAGAUAUCUCAACUUUGUGUUAUCUGGUCUAGUAGAAGCUCCAUCAUACCUCGUAUCUCCACUAUGUCUACGUGUUCUUGGACGUCGAUGGUUUGUCGCCCUGGCCCAUUUCACCACGGCCGUUGCCUUUUUUGGAGUAAUUUUCAUCAGCAACCCUACCGUAUACCUAAUUUUAUGGUUGAUUGGCAAGUUUGGAAUUGCCUGUGCACUUACCGCUUUAUUUGUUUACGCUAGCGAGGUGUUCCCAACUACAGUAAGAAGCGGUUGUAUUGGAUUUUGCUCGACUGUCGGAAGGCUUGGUGGUGCUUUGGCGCCGUCAGUACGGUUAUUGGUAUGUUAUACUAUAAAUUUUAGGGUCUACAGCCAAGUUUGACUAAUUUUUGCCAUUUUUUAUUUUUACUUUACUUUAUUUUUUUCUAUAGUAUUAUUCAAUAUAUUGUCCUAUUACAGGGAGUACUACAUCCUCAACUACCCAACAUUUUGUUCAUUUGUAUGGCGACCGUUGGUGGUGGAAUUACGUUUAUUCUACCUGAAACCGCUGGUCGCGAACUACCUGAUGAAGCCGGAGAAUCAGUCAAUUCAGUUGACGACGCCUAA